CGUGAAGGUCUCCGGAAGUUAUUUACUUAGCUAGCUCAUUUAGCUCCUAAAACAAAUAAAUAAAUACACUUAUAGACAUAUUUAUUGUCAACGAUGGACAAACUUCGUAGUAUGAUAGGAGGACGAGAAGACAACGAGGAAGCAGGGCUCACGGCGCAGGUCCUGGAUGCCUCGACGCUCAGCUACAGCACCCGGGUGAAGUGGUUCGUCAUAUGCUUCGCGUCAGGCAUCCUGUGCUCCAUACUGGGCACUGCACUGCUGUUCUUACCCAAUGGCACCAAGCUGUUUGCUGUGUUCUACACACUAGGUAACCUUGCUGCACUCUCCAGCACCUGUUUCCUGAUGGGACCUCUGAAGCAGCUGAAGAGAAUGUUUGAACCCACCAGACUGAUAGCCACCUGUGUUAUGCUGCUCUGUCUCAUUUUGACGCUUUGUGCAGUUUUCUGGUGGGGAAAGAAGGGAUUGGCCAUCAUCUUCUGCAUUCUACAGUUCUUGGCUAUGACGUGGUACAGCAUCUCUUAUAUUCCAUUUGCCAGGGACGCCGUGAUGAAGGUCUUCACCAGCUGUCUGAGUUAAGAGAACAGACGUGGGUUCAAACACUAUUUGAAAUCAGUUUAGCUGGGCUUGAUUGAGCAUGCCUGGCGUGAUGGAACCAAUAGAAAAUUGCAAAACUGCAAACCUCACCCAUCUUAACACUCCAGGAAAGCUAGAGCAAUUUGUCUAGUUAUUUGAAAGAUUUUGAAUUGUAUUGAAACCCAGGUCUAAUGUUUCCAGACUGUCCACUUUUUCAUGUGAAGACUAGUAUGCAGAGUGGAUAUAUGUAAAAUAUUUUGUUUUUGGAAUUGUGUUUUUCCUUCUUUAUUUUCUAAUAUAUAUAUAUAUAUAUUUUUCAUUGCUGUUUCAUACUAUGAAUCAUUAAUAUUUCCAAUAAUUGUAUAACAGUUAUCUGAAACUAAAGUGUAUUCAUAUUAUGCUUACCAGGGUUGGGGUCAAUUUAUUUAAUUCAGGAAGUUGACUGAAAUUCGAAAUUCUAUUGUUCUCAUUGAGAAGCAUUGACGAGAUAUCAGUUUACUUCCUGAAUUGACUUGAGUUGAAAUGGAAUUGACCCUGCUUGAUGCUUGUCUGCAAAAUCUCAUAUUUUUGUUUGUUACACUCAAAUUCUGUCUGACGUUUUUAAAUGCUUCCGGUGAAAGUGAGAGGUGAAAUUGAAAUAUCCAUGAAGAAAGGGUUGGUGUCAAUUAGAAUUGAAGGCAGUCCAUUCCAGAAGUAAUGUAAAUUUCAAUUUUUUUUUUUUUUUAACAACUCUCCUAAUAAAUAUCUUUUACGUUUC